AACCCGACCAGCCCACUGGAUAGCCAAGCGGCGGACCGUUUCGUGUCUCUCCCCCUCCUCUCUUCUCUUCUCUCGUCUCCUCGCCCUGCCCGCACUUUAUGUUACAUCUCCAACCCCUCUCCUCUCGCUUCUUUUUACGCAGGCGGACGUCCACGGCACGGCGACACAAACGCGCGCUACAGGCGAGAGAGCGAGGCACUGUCGGCAGGCAAGGCAGGCGGAGAGACGGAGAGACGGCGGCGGGCACCGGAGCGACGACGCCGCGGUGGUGUUGUCUCGUCUUUUGUUAAGGAAACCGGCGUCGGACUGGAUUUUGGAUUUGUUUUGUAUUCCCCUGGAUUUGGAUCAUCGAGGGUAGGGGGGGCAAGGAUAACUUCGCAUGGGACAAAACCCGCCUUCUUUUAAUGUCAUCCAGCGAUUUGUUGACGCCAGUGGAGAGGAGAGGAGGAAACGGGAAGCUUUCCUGGAGGAGCGCGAUUGACAGAUAGGGCGACAUGCAUGCACACGCGUUUCCGUCCACCAGCUGUACAGGAUAGUCGCACACAAACACAGCGUUUUGUUCUCUUAGAUGUGAUUUCCGGAGCUUAUAACGCAUGCAGCAACGUGGCUCGGUGUAACGGGGAACAAGGAAGGAAACGAUGCUCGUCUUGCACGCUUGAGAUUUUGCAUCGUAGGGCAGUGUGUUAAAUAUCAAUAUGCACGGCGUGGAAUGAUGCAUCGAGACACAACUUUGUCCACAAACUGCGAGACGUGUCAUUCUUAUCUCCUAUAAUUAAAGUGCAUUAUUUGUCAGCCUGGCGUGUGCUCUAGUAAUCCUGUUAUUCUUGAAUAUAGCUCAGUGCUUCAGUAGACGCCAGUGCCAUUUAUCUGUCAGCCCCCGGAGCCCCGUGUUGAUGUAUGAUUUACAUUUUUAACCCGAUCCUAUAGCGCGUAUUGACGCCAGUGAUUUGCUUUGUGUGUUACUCCAAAACCCUCAAAGAUCUGGAGUUGUGUUGCCAAAUGAUUGCUAAACUGUAGAUGUAGGCAGGCCCUAACCUUCGCGUAUGCAGAUCCAAUCGAUAGCGAGAUAAAGACAGCUCUGGCAGGCUGUUUAUGCUCCUCUGGAAGUGUCACGGGGGUGUGUUUAAAACCCAGCAUAUCUAUUUUUUUAAACAUUGCCCCCAGGCAGCAGAGAAGCCGCUCAGUUUAGAGAGAGAGAGGAGACUGUCCAAACACGGUGCAGUCUCAGAGAAAAACACUGUAAGGAGACGUCUCAAGAAAAGUUUCAAUGGUUUUCCGAAAGUUGCCCGGUGUGUCCGCAUCGGGCAUGGGUCUGCGCCUGUCCCAGAAAUUCGUCUUUCUGCUCUUUCUCUCGGGUUUGGUGACGCUGUGUUUCGGGGCCCUUUUCUUUUUGCCCGACUCUGUCCGACUAAAACGCAUUUUUCUUUCCAAGACGGACACCCAGCCUGUCACUGUGGGCUCCGGGUCCGAGAACGAUGCCAGGGAGCACUUAAAAAAACCCAAGGACCAGGAGCACGGUCCGAGGGGCAUGACCCCAGCCAAAGGAGAGAGCAACAGCUCCAAACUGAAGAGUCUGAGCCGCAAACCACCCGUCUCUCAUGAGGCCACCGAGGAAAGACUCGCUGGGGGGAAAGCGCAGGAGGAUUUGACUCUACCCAGGUCCAGAACGGAGGCAUCAAGCUUGGAUAAAGCGACCACUUCUGACCAUGGUGCCCACUCGGAUACUUUCAGUUACCAGAAGUUCAAAAGGUGUCUGCUCAAACCGCCUCUGGGGAGGGACAGCGGCAAACCGAGCGACCCCGAGACCAACGAGCGCCGGGAGAAAGUCAAAGAGAUGAUGAAGUUCGCCUGGGACAACUACAAGCGCUAUGCCUGGGGGAAGAACGAGCUGCGGCCAUUGACGAGAAACGGUCAUAUUGGCAACAUGUUCGGUGGCCUGAGAGGAGCUUCUAUCAUUGACUCAUUGGACACACUGUAUAUCAUGGGACUGAUGGAUGAAUAUAACGAUGCUAAGGAGUGGGUGGAGAGUAGCCUGGACCUGAACUCGAAUGGGGAGGCGUCGCUUUUCGAGGUGAACAUCCGUUACGUUGGCGGCUUGCUGUCGGCGUACUACCUGACAGGAGAGGAGAUGUUCAAGAGUAAAGCCUUGGAGCUGGGAGAGAAGCUGCUUCCCGCCUUCAACACUCCGACAGGAAUCCCCAGAGGAGUCAUCAACCUGGGGAGCAGUGGCACCAGUUGGAGCUGGGGCUGGGCCUCAGCCGGGAGCAGCAUCCUGGCUGAGUUUGGGACUCUCCACUUGGAGUUUGUCCACCUAUCAGAGCUCGCCAACAACCCCAUCUACAGAGAGAAGGUGAUGAACAUCAGAAAACUGCUGAACAAGAUUGAGAAACCACACGGUCUGUACCCGAACUUCCUCAGUCCAGUCAGCGGCAACUGGGUCCAACAUCACGUUUCCAUCGGUGGUCUCGGGGACAGCUUCUACGAGUAUCUGAUCAAAUCGUUUCUGAUGUCAGACAAGAUGGAUGAUGAUGCAAAGAAGAUGUACUACGGAGCCCUGGAGGCGAUCGAAGCUAACCUGGUCCAGAAAUCAACUGGUGGUCUCACCUACUUGGCCGAGUGGAGAGGAGGGAUCCUGGACCACAAGAUGGGCCACUUGGCCUGCUUCUCUGGCGGCAUGAUUGGCAUUGGCGCAGAUGACGGAGCGCCGGAGAAGAGGCAACACUACCUGGACCUGGCUGCUGAGAUCACACACACGUGUCACGAGAGCUACACUCGCUCAGCCACCAAACUGGGACCCGAGGCGUUCAGAUUUGACGCCGGAGCUGAAGCCACAGCAACCAGGCUGAGCGACAGGUACUACAUCCUCCGACCAGAAGUCAUCGAGAGCUACAUGUACAUGUGGAGACUGACACACGACCCCAAGUACAGAGAGUGGGGAUGGGAGGCUGUCGAGGCUCUGGAGCAGCACUGCAGAGUGGAAGCCGGCUUCUCUGGGAUCCGUGAUGUUUACACCACGUCAGACAGCCACGAUAACAUGCAGCAGAGCUUCUUCCUCUCAGAGACGCUCAAGUAUCUGUACCUGCUCUUCUCUGACGAUGACCUUCUCCCUCUGGAGGACUGGGUGUUCAACACAGAAGCCCAUCCGCUGCCCGUUGUCCGCAAGAACUGCCUGCAGGAGGAAGCAACACAGGACAAGACGGUCUCUGAAUAAGACUGAACACAGAGACUUUUUUUGCACAGUUCAUGUGCAAACACACAGAGUCACGCAGAUAUCGCAACCACCAAUUUAAUGCAGGUUCAGAGUCUCUUCAGGAGCUUGUCAUGGACUCUCAAAUUCCUUUCCAGUAAAGGAUGUUGUCGUUUUACGCUGUGAUUGUAUAUCCUUUCGCCGGGUUUUACUUCCUGCUGGCACUUCUUUUUUGUGGACAAUCAAGACAAACAUGACUUUCAUGAAAAGAGCACCUUUUUCUUUCCUUCUUUCCUCUGUGAGGAAACCAGUAUAACUUGCAGACCCAAAUGUACGGGAGGAGGGUUGAACUACGGGCCAUAUUGUUAGAAAGAGAGAGAAACGUAUAGAAAACCACUUGAGUUUUGCUCUUUGAGUUUCGUUAAUCUUUGGUGAUGAAUGAUUUCCUUCUAUCUCAUCAUGACAUUUAUUUUCCUUUGUGAGUAACUCUUUGACCAAAGGUUUCUUUGCAUUUCUAUUUCCCUCUUUUUUUCCAGUAUUGUGUUUUUGGUGAGAUUAGACGGAGAGUACAGUUUAUAAAAAGGAUUGAAUUGUAAUGAGUAUUGAUAAAUGUACAGACAAACACAAAAUGUGAUCCUCGAAGCCACCUCCAAACUAAUGUUGAUGUCAUGUUUCUUACUGAAACAAGCUUGAAUGAUUUUUUUCAAGUGAGGAGGUGUCAAGAAAGUGGCAGUGUCUUAUGCAUCCAGGGACCAUUUAUUAAAAAAAGCUGAAGCUGGGUAUGUUUGGGUUAUUCUGUGAACAGGGCGACGCUUUCUCAGUCCUUUCAGCCUUUAAAGUCAAAGUGACAAAUGCUCUGUCAGUUCUGUGGCUGUAGCACACUCAAAAAAAAAGAAAAGAGAACACAUUUCCGAGCCGACUUCAAAUGGGUUUUCCUGUUUCUGUUGUACUUCUUCUGCCUUUUACACGUGAAUCCAUACAGCUGCCAAUACCGAUGUUUAAGGCUGUAAGCUGGAGAGCCGACCGCAGAGACAAGUUUUCAUUCUCAUCACUGUUCUUUUCAUCACCGCUGUCCUGCACAGUUGUGGAGCGAAUGUGCUGUACAUACAGAUGAAGUGAGUGAACCCUGUAUGAGCUUGUCUUGAUUUGAUUUUGUGAUUUUAUUUCUUUCUCUCUGAACUUCAGUGGUUAUUUUUUCUGGGUUCUCUUUUGAUUUGCUUCCCUCAGGUGUAUCAGUAAAAGAAAAAAAACUAAAAAGUUCUGAUUUUAA